AUGUUGCCAGUCACGUGGGAUAUGCUUCUUGUUUUCCUUUUGAAUUUCUCUUUGCAUCUUCCGAGCGCUAUGGACGGCAACGUAACGUGCAGCUGGCGGCAGCGCCACGACUGCCAACCUCUACCCCUCAUGAUCUGCAGCGAUGCGGAAGCUGCACGUGCGCAUGCGGAGGCCGCCGCUGCCGCGAGGGCGGAUGGCAGUGCAGCAACGACAGCAGUGGUGCUUGACGACGCAAACAAGGCAGCGGUGGCCCCAUGGGUGGAAGUGCAGUUGCAACAGCGUCUGCGGCAUCUCGUUGUCGUGAGCAACGCGCGUGUGCUGGAGCUACAUGUUGGCGAAACCGUCAUUCAUACGCAUGAAGGGACUGUCGUUGCAGCAGGUUUGUUCCUUCACGACGCCGAGUGUGACGUGGUCGCUGGACAGACGCUUAAGCUGAAGUUUUUUGCACGAAAGACAAAGCAAAUUAUUGAUCUCUUGUCUGUCUGCCUUGUGGUGGACACGGCGGCACUGGUCGACGACAGUAGGGGUGAUGGUGCCGCGUCUACAGUUGAAGCACGACUGCAACGAUUGGAACUGCUGUUGCAUAUGUCAAUGGAGUCAGUGGUGCUGCGGCUGAGAGACGUGGAGGCACGACUUAGGGCCUUGGAGCUUCAAGCGGGUGAGGGGCGCCGAUGA